GUAUAGUAACGUAAACAAUCAUGGCGACGAGCGGGGGACCGCUGAACUUUCCGAAAUGGCUUAUAGAUGGAAAAGAAACUAUUGUCCAAACACCAGUAAGCUCAUUAAUAACAACAUCUGAGUUGAUUACUAGUUGCGUCGAUAGAAAAUGAGAAGCCUUGGGGAAAGUGUAUAACAAUUAAAAGUGCCUUGGGCUAUCAAUCAAGCUCUUGCGUACAGCCGACUUUCCCUUUUUUGACUUUCUAACUUUCACUAGUUACGUAAUCGACGAACGUUUUCAGGAAUGGCUAAACUUUACGAAAGAGCUAUACGAUGCAAUCGAACAGCAAGUUAAGGAGAGUCGGGUGGACAAUUUUACAGACUUAACACAAACCGAACGAUCUCUCUUUAUGGACAGAGCAUGCAAAGCUCUCGAAAAUAGUGAUUCGUUCAAGAAGAUGUAUAACAGCGUCGCCGGUUGUAUAGAUGCUUGUUUAAAUCGAGAAGUUUCCAGACAGUUGCUCGAGGACUUUCCGUUGGAUACUAAAUCUGAUUUGAUUUUAACACAGGCGCAAGACGGCGCUAUUAGUCUCCUUAGAAAGUGGCCGGAUAUGAAGUACAAGUUGCAUGUUUAUUUAAACCAUCAGUUACCGUCCAAUUUACGACUCGUUGCCUGGAGGCUUUUCUUAGAGAAUACUAAGAUUCGUAAGGAGUAUACUGACAUUCUAUCAACAAAUCCACGUUACGCAAUUUCUCCUCAAGAUUUAGAGAUAUCAAGAACGUGCGAACAACUAUUAAUACACGAAUCGAGUUUUAACGAAUUAAAAGGCUAUGUAGGAGCCUUCUAUGCUAUGAAAGCUGUUCUUUCCUAUCAUCAUGCGAGGAUGAAAACUGAAAAAAAACUACCAUCAGCUGAUUUCAUGCUUGUCAUACCUUUCGUUCAAGUUUCAUUGCCAAAUAUUUCUAAAAGAGAACCGGCAACAUCAUCAGUUGCCGCUUUACUGGUCGAAGAAUAUUUAACUUUUAUGGAAUCGAGGCCAAAUUUUAUGAUGCAUGCAGCUCAGAAACAGAGUCAAGAAGGUCUGGCAGCGGUAGCGGUCAAGGUAGGAAAACAUCUGAAAAAAGAAGCUAACGAAUUAGUCGAACCGAUUGUAAUGACAAGUUAUGAAAAUAAAGAGAAAAUUUUAGAAUCUGACAAGGGACAGGAAGAGGCGUUUAAAAAAGCUUUAAUGGAAUUGAUUCAUCCUUUAUUACGUACUUUAUUUGUUGGUUAUCUAAGAAUGGAUACCCUUCUAUUUUGUUGGGAUCAAGUUAUAAUUGGCAGGGAUGUUGCCGAAUGGAUGUCAGAAAUUGUACCCGCUCUCAUAGCCGUCUUCUUUCACAUCUUAAGAAAACAAUUAAAAAAUAAAUCAACGGUAGAAGAAUGGCACAAGUCAUUAAAGGAAGAAGGACAAAAGCUAACUGCAAGUCAAUUUCAAUACGAGAUAAAUAGAUACUUUAUAGAAGAUUUAAGAAAGAUAUUAAAUCAAGAAGAUAGAGCAGCAAUGCCAGUUCUAGAUCCAACUUAUACACCAUAUCCUGCUUGGAAACACUGGCACGAUGAUCCGGUACCACCAAGAAUUGGACCAGUUCAACGUCGAACAAAUAGAAAUGCACGCCAACUGGAACGCGAGAAAGAGGCUAAGGAAAAAGAAUUAAUAGAGGAAAGAAAACGUAGAAUUCUUGAGGAGGAAAAAUUAAAAGAAGAAGAAAGAUUUAAUAGGGAAUUAGCUAGGGAUAGGCGGAGGGAAGAAGAAGCAAGAAUAAAAUUAGAAGAUGAAUUAGAAGAGGAAAAGAAAAGAAGACGAUAUAUAGAGGAUGAAUUAAACAAGCUAAGAAAUGAAUUGGAUAAUUCUAAAGCUGCAAGGAAAAAGGUAACGAGAAAUUUUAGUUAAAACUACAAGGAAGCAUAACAAGUUCAUUUCCUAAAUAAGAGAUGGAGUGAAUCCUAUAAAUUUCGUUUUUAUUCUAUUAUAUAUAUAAACCAAGUAUUAUUCUAAAGCCUCAAGCAGCUUUUAUAAGAAUUUUUUUCAACGUAAAGUAAACAUUUACCACUUAUUAGGCCUAUUUAAAUCAAAAAAAAUUUUAACCCAUGUUUCUAAAUAUAGUUUUAACCCAGUUUUAUUGCCUAAUUCUCUUUUUUUUCUCUUUUACAGCUCUCACCAGAGGAUGUAAAGUUAGUUGACAGUCGUAAAGUUAAUGAAUACAUUUUAUUGCAGCAAACUUUACUCUAUACAGCAAUUAUCUGGUUCCACCCGCACCUCCUGCAGCUAGGAGUAUGAGUGUUCAGGCAGACUUACCAACUCAUACACCAACCCCUGAUAAGCCAACUAGACAACAAGCUCAACAAGUUAUGAGAGACUUACUUUGCAAAGUUGUACUAUCAUUUACAAGAGUCAAUCAUAGUACUGGUCAAGAAUUGAAGAAGUUGAACGAGGAUACGGUAUCCAUCAUUAAACAACAUAAAAGAGAUUCACAGGCUGCUGAGGUAAAUAUAUUUUGAAACUAUUGAAACGAUUCAAUGUAUUAUUGGUGUAAUACUGUAUAUACAAAACUUAUUUAUUGCACAAGUAAAUACUUUUAUUCUAUAUUGACAUGAUUAUAAUAUUUUUUCUUUCAAACAAUUUUAAAUCUAUAGCCUUCAGAGCCUUCAGAGCCAAGAGAGGAACAAUGAUGAAAAGGAUUAUAUUUAUUUUCUUUUUUUUCCCUCUAAAAGUAAACAUACUCGUUGUAUCAGUUUAAUAUUUAAUGCUAACAGUAUAAUCUCCUACACCAUAUAUAUAUAUAUAUAAUUUAAUUAAUUUAUAAUUUUUUUAUGAGAAUGAACAGAUUGAAUAACGUUUUUUUUUUAUUUAAUAACCUAAUUAUCACAUUUUCUUAUAUGAUUUUUUUAUUGAAUUAACUAAUUAAUCUCCUCACAAAAUUGAUUUUAUAAUUAUUAAAAUCACUUUAUUUUAACUAAACAAGCAUUUUUUUUUAGUUUUCGUUUAAUAAGUUUAAAAGAUAUCCUAUUUCUUUAAAUAGAUACAAGUCUUUGGUAGGAAACUGGCCCCUGGUGAAUUGGAAACGAUGACACCAGACCACAGGGAUCGCGCUUGCCACGCUAUGAUGGAAAUUAUAAGAAGAGGUCUCGUUAGAAGAAGACAACAAGAAUUAGCCGCCCAACAACCUUCUUACUUUUAAAAUAUCCUCUUAAAAACCGUCCAUUUUAUUUUUUGAUCAUGGUAUUUCAACUUUAUGAUGUUAUAUUAGUAAAAAAAAUACUUAAAAAUGUAUACAAUACAUAUACAAUACGAAUCAUAAAAU